AACAAAACGUGACAGUCACGACCCAAUCGUUUGAAACAAAGAAUUGUUUCAUGCCUUGUUAAAUCUCAUUAACUCAUGUUUAUUCAUCUGUAUGAUUGAAGCAACCAUACAGACAAAUACAAAUUCUGAGUCCUCGACUGUUUAACAAAGCCCCCCCCCCCUCCAAAAACCAACAGCCCAGAAUGUGACAGACAUUGUUAAAUGUUGCAUGUGCCUUUAAGAGCACUAUGUCCCACUCUACAUGUCUCGCUCGGAGCCUCAUAUGUGUUUGUUGGCAUCAGCUGUCCUCAGAGCUGAAUAGAGCAAGGGCAUCUUUUCCUUCACGUCAAUGGGAUUAGAGGAAGAAAUGCUCUGUUCAUUCUGCUGCCUGUCAUCUAAGUACUGUGGAGACAAAAUGGAAACGCAGUGUAGACAGAAGAUCACGACGUGUCACAAGUUUGAAUUUCGAAGCUGCUCAGGGUUUUUAGUUUCUUGCACAAAUGAACAAGAGGCCAAUCUUCAGAUCUGGAGGUAUGUAUGGAUAUAACCAAGGCUGCAGGCUCAGAGACAUCAUCCUCAGACAUCAUCCUCUCCUCGGCAUCCUCUUCUGGGGCUUCCUUCUGAACCCACUGGUCAGAUGAAGAGUUCAAAUGCUGCAUGCAGCACUGCAAUGGAGCCACAGGGUGCCUCACUCAGCCCCUGUGUCCCGUCCUCCUCUGUGUCUUCAAAACUUGGCCAAAGCAACUUGAGGAGAAUCAGCCGCACAGAGGACAGCAGUGUUUAUCCCAUCCCUGGCCUGGCAGAUGACAUUCUGCACAUGAGAGUGAAGGAGGGAAGCAAGAUCCGCAAUUUACUGCGGUUUGUGACAGCUCGCAUGCACGGGGAGGGGAGAGACAGCAACGGGACAUCUCUGAGGCAGGUGGUCUUCACUGGCUCAGGUAGGGGAGUCACCAAGACUAUCACCUGCGUGGAGAUCCUGAAACGUAAAGUGGGAGGGCUGCACCAGGUGUCCAAAAUCUACUACAAGACAGUGAAUGAGGUCUGGGAGGAUCCACAGCAGGCAGCUGCAGGGACAAGCACACAGAGGACGGUCCCUGCCAUCUGUAUCCUGCUCUCUAAAGACCCUCUGGAUCCCCAGGAGCCUGGAUACCAACCUCCACAGUCCCUGGGUGUUCCUGCAGAGGACACAGAGAGACGCGGGGCUCUGCUCAGGCCAGCUCAAAGUCCGUCCUCAGAGGACAGAGCAAAGAGACUGUGUCAGGACGACUGGAGCAUGUGGUCUCCCUGAAGAAACCAGGUCUCACUGCGGAUUGGAAAUUCGUAAGACUUGGUUAUUUUAUCAUGCCUGUCAGCCUCAUCAAAUUUUAAAGAGAAUAUGAAAUAACUGAAUUUAAAUAUCAGUCUGCUAUUCAAUGUUCAUGUACAAACAAUAAAUAGAUAAGCAUCAUUUUUAAUGUUUGUAUGGAGGUUCAUUAUAUAAGUAUUAUAAAAUGAUAAGCACAACUAUUUUUUUCAGAUAAAGAAAUUUCUUUCAUUUGAGAGAAAAGUGUUAUAAAGAAGUAACGUUCUGCACAGUUGUGAGUUUUUGAGAGACCGACUGACAUUUUUGCCCUUAUUUUUAUCAAGAACCAUACAAAUAUAAUAAAAUGUUGUAGAGUGCUGAUACUUA